AUGGAAGAAGACCUUUCCCCAUUGGAUGGAAGCUUCCCUUUGUUUUCCCGCAAACCCAAACGUCAAAAAUCCGAAACCACUUCUGUCGAGGACUCCACCGCCCUACAAACCACCGAAGCUUCAACUCCGGCGCCGGUUCCAGCAGUUGAGAAGGAAACCGAAACUAAUCCCACCACCGAAACUCCAACUGACAUCACCUUCUCUGAAUUGGGACUCGCCGAAUGGGCCUGCACAACCUGCAAUGAACUGGGCAUGAAGAGGCCUACUCCCGUCCAACGUCAUUGCAUACCCCGAAUCCUUGCCGGGCAGGACGUCCUGGGCCUGGCUCAGACCGGCAGCGGAAAGACGGCGGCUUUCGCUCUCCCAAUACUCCACCGCCUCGCCGGGGACCCGUAUGGGGUGUUCGCUCUCGUCAUGACUCCGACCCGGGAGCUAGCUUACCAGCUGGCGGAGCAGUUCAAAGCACUCGGGUCGGGCUUGCAUUUGCGGUGCUCCGUUAUUAUCGGCGGAAUGGACAUUAUAAACCAAGCCCAGACUCUGAUGUCGAGGCCCCACGUGGUCAUAUCCACACCCGGCCGGAUUAAGGUUCUUAUUGAGGAGAACCCGGAUGAUAUCCCUGCUGUUUUUUCAAAAACUAAGUUCCUAGUUUUAGAUGAGGCAGACAGACUUCUGGACGUUGGCUUUGAAGAGGAGCUGAGGGUAGUCUUCCAGUGUCUGCCGAAGAGUAGACAAACCCUGCUUUUUUCUGCAACGAUGACUAGUGAACUGGAAACUCUACUCCAGUUAUCUGCAAAUAAAGCAUACUUUUACGAGGCUUAUGAAGGGUUCAAGACAGUGGAGUCUCUCAAGCAGCAGUAUCUAUUCCUUGGAAAGUCUUACAAGGAAGUCUAUCUCUUUUAUGUCCUCUCUAAAUUGGAAGACAUGAAUGUCCGUUCGGCUAUUAUUUUUGUUUCUACUUGCAAAAGUUGUCAGCUCCUUAGUUUGUUUUUGGAAGAACUAGAUGUAGACGCAGCUGCAUUGCAUUCUUUUAAAUCACAAGCUUUGAGGCUUUCAGCAAUUCACAAAUUCAAAUCCGGGAAGGUUCCUAUACUGUUGGCAACUGAUGUUGCUAGCCGCGGGUUGGAUAUUCCAGCAGUUGAUCUCGUCAUAAACUAUGACAUUCCAAGGUUCCCUCGGGAUUAUGUUCAUCGCGUAGGGCGUACAGCAAGAGCUGGAAGGGGUGGCCUUGCUCUUAGUUUUGUCACACAGAAUGAUUUAUGUCUACUCCAUGAAAUAGAAGCUGUUCUGGGGAAACAGUUGGAGAAAUUUGAAUGUGACGAGAGGGACAAUCUUCCCUUCACCAAAAAGGUUUUCGAUGCAAAACGUGUGGCUAAGAUGAGGAUGACGGAUGACGGAUUUGAUGAGAUAGCAAAAACACGCAAAGCACAGAAAUUGAAAAUGUUGGCCGAAAAAGGUCUUUUAAAGAAAAAUAACAAAAAGCAGAAGAAAUUGGAAAAAUACAAGCAAAACCAGUUCCCAAACAGCCGAAGCAACCGGGCAAGAGACAUUACUUGGAUCAUCGCCAUCCAAAACCAGCUUGUACAGGGUUACUGUAGGACUAGGCAUACCACUUCCCUGAGGAACUCCACAUUCCACAACGCUUGUAGCUUCCAAUGGGUUGGACAAGAUCGAAGGACAUCAGAGGAUGAAACCAAUGGCAUGGCCAGCAGCUGGGAGCCUGGUUGUGAUGAGACUCUACUAGAAGAUGGUACCACAGAGAGUGUGGACUAUCUAGUAAUCCUUGCUCUCGAAAGAGAUGAUACCAAUGUUGUAAGUGCCCAUCAACUUGCAUCACCUUGUAGCGAUCCUUACGACAGAAAUUUCUUGGUGGGAAGCGAUGAAGAUGUGUUGUCCGUGUAUGUAGGAGAGGCAUGGAAAUGGUGCAGAGUUUUCAGAUUGAAUCAAUCAUCCUCGACAUUGAUGUGGGAAGAAGUGAAGGACUUGAAGAACACGAACUUGUUCUAUAAAGAUUCGAUCGUCUAUUAUUCCCUCAAAACAAGCAAAUUUCACUGCUCAAAAUGCAAGGAAGGAGAUGAUUGUGAUGAGGACUCAUUGAUGAGUUAUGAUGGAUCGAAAGAACAGUUAUAUUGUUGCUGGUUUGAACCAACGAUCUACCCAGAAGAAGAAUUGGGUUCAAAAGAUCAGUGUUCAUCGGAAGAAUCGGAUUCAGACCAAUAUUCAUCAUCAUCAUCAGAAGAAGAAUAG